ACUCUGACUGCAGGACAGCAAUCUGAGCAACCUGGGAGGCAACGAGCAACCGCCACGCCUGGAUCAGCUUUAAUGUCCAUAUGCUCACAACAAGGCUGACAGGCGCAGAACAGCUGGACUGAUGUGAACCACCAACCUAAUGUCCUGGUCUAUUAGGUACAUCUCAUGAACUAUGAUCGGACAGAUAUAUAGUUCCAUAUGACCAGAACACAACACGAUCUUACACAGCUACUGGUUCACCUCAAAGGAUCCUGCAACAAAUGCUAAGGCUAGUUAGCAUGGCCACAGACGAUGACAGAAAAAAGAUUGUCCUUUAACGGUAUGGGACGUAUUAACUCCAAAACUCUUCCUCCACUUCUUGAAAAACCAUGGCUGCAGAUAGAUUGGGAAGACAGAGAGACUGACCUGCAGUUCAUAAACGACUACAAACCUAAAGGUGGCCACCGGCAGUUCAGGAUUCUUCUGCAUGGACCAGUUGGAGCCGGAAAAUCCAGUUUCAUCAACUCCGUCUUCAGCGUUUUGGAGGGUAAAAUCUGUCACAAGGCGACUGUGUGCAACAUCAUUCAGACCAGCUUCACCAAAAAGUACAUGACCUACAAGCUUAAAAAAGGAGACCAGAAAAACGUGUAUCCUUUUGUACUGAACGACAUGACAGGUUUGAGCAACAUCAACUGGAAACACAGAAGAGUCUAUGAGAAGGACAUGAAAAUGGCCAUGAAGGGACACAUCAGGGAUGAGUAUAAAUUCCACCCUCAGAGCGCGUUGUCCGAAACCGAUCCGUUCUUCAACCGGAAUCCAACUGUCAACGACAAAGCUCACAUCCUGGUUACUGUCUUUGAUGCCAACACAAUAAAUCAGCUGGACGAAAGUGUAGCUGAGACAAUUCAGGAGAUCAGAGACGAAGCCACUGAGCUGGGGAUUCCUCAUGUGGCCAUUCUGUCCAAAAUUGAUGAGGCCUGUCCUGAGAUCAGAGAAGAUAUAAAAAAUGUCUGCCAGAGUCGGGCGCUACAGAAAAAGAUUCAGCUCCUCAGCAAACUGGUGGGAAUCCCAGAGAACUGCAUCUUCCCUGUGAAGAACUACAACUCAGAGAAGAAGCUGAACCAUGAAAUUGACGCUCUGAUCCUCAACACCCUGAGACACCUCAUCGAGAUCGGAGAGGAAUACCUUAGCAGGACUCCUCAUGUGGCCGAUCUGAUUAAAACUGAUGACGUCUGUUCUGAGACCAGAAGUGAUGAAACAAAUGUCCGCAGGAGCCAGGAAAAGGUUCACAGCCUCCGCAAAACAGUGAAGAUCCCAGACAGCUGCGACCACCCUGUGAAGACCUACGAAAGCCGUAAUACGCUGUCGUACAUAUCAGACGUCAGAAGUCAAGCAGAACCAGAUGAAGACUUUGCUUCGUGUCAGAAACGCUGCUGGGUUCUGAGAGAGAGAAAAGGGUCCAGUCUGAACCGCACACAGCUGCACUGGGAACAACCCAGUAAGGACUGGGAGGGAAACCUGGUCAGACAGCAGCAGGUUUCUGACGUCAUGACAGACGGAAACCUUCCAGAACCACAAACUGACUCAGGUGUAAAUAUGAAAAUAAAUCUGAUCCUCAGACGUCCAGCGGAUCAUUCAGAUUAAAUCUGAACUUUGGGAUCUUCAGAGGAAACAACUUUAACCUCAUUUCUGUCACCAGAUAUUAAAU